UCCCAUCCUCGGGGGACCUUAUACUCUGCUCACUCUCAGCCUCACAGGCUCAGAGCCCGUCGUCUCCUCUCUCUCUCUUCUCCCGCCGUGCGGCCGUCUCUCUACUGCCACUUGCCGUCGGUUCCUGGAAGAACACCCCCCGCGACCUGACUCACUCUCAGACCUGUCGCUUCUCUCUCUCUCUCUCUCUCUUCUCCUGCCUUGCGGCCGUCCCUCUACGCGUUCGCAGCUCCUAGAACUGCCCCUGCCCGUCGCUGUCAGUUCCUUCUCCUCCAGGCGUCCCCGGCGUCUCCACAAGCCCACGGAUGCUUACAUUGACGUAUUCUCUGCCAAUCGUUACUAAAAGAUUGGAAUCAAUUAAAUUUCCAAAGAGCACGAGCAGGGUCGUGGUAUGUUCUUCAAAAGGCCCAAGACCAAGAUAUCCUCGAGUGUGGAAAACAAGAAAGAGAAUUGGAACCAUUUCCAAGUCAUCAAAGCUCAUUGAUUGUAUUAUGAAAUUGUCAAAUGUGAAAGAGGAAGUUUAUGGAGCUCUUGAUUCAUUCAUUGCCUGGGAAUUAGAGUUCCCUUUAGUUACCGUGAAGAAGGCAUUGAAAACUCUUGAAAAUCAACGAGAAUGGAAGAGAAUAAUUCAGGUGACAAAGUGGAUGUUAAGUAAAGGUCAAGGAAGAACAAUGGGGAGCUAUUUCACAUUACUAAAUGCCUUAGCAGAGGAUGGGAGACUUGAUGAAGCUGAGGAGCUUUGGACAAAACUAUUUACGGAGAAUUUGGAAAGCAUGCCUCGUAUUUUCUUUGAUAAGAUGAUUUCUAUUUAUUAUAAAAGGGCCAUGCAUGAGAAGAUGUUUGAGAUAUUUGCUGACAUGGAAGAGCUUGGUGUCCGACCAAAUGUUUCAAUUGUUUCAAUGGUUGGAAAUGUCUUCAAAGAGCUGGGUAUGAUGGACAAAUAUAACAAAUUGAAGAAGAAAUAUCCACCUCCGAAAUGGGAAUAUCGGUACAUCAAAGGAAAGCGCAUCAAAAUAAAGGCAAAGCAUUUAGAAGAAUUUGAUGGUUCUAAUGAAGAUGCAAGCAGGCAUGAGAAAACUGACCAGACUUUGAAUGUUACACACGAGGAAGCUGAAACAAGUUCCGAAGAACUUGAUGUCAAAGCUAAUGAUUGUGGCAAAGAUGUACUUAAGAAUGAGGAAACUGACUGGACUUCAAACGAAUUUUACGAGGAAGCUGAAACAAGUUCUGAUGAGUUGAAAAUUGAAACUAAUGUUUCCUCUUGACAGUCGGAGGUUUAGUAUUGCAUUAUUAUUUAUAUGCUCGUUUCUCACAAGUUGAUAGGGAUUUCUGAUUUGCAAAGUUGAUAGGGAUUUCUUACUUGCAAAGUUGAUAGUUGUAUCUCUGAAAGGUGUAAGUAAAACCAAGAUAUAGUGUUGGCAUACAUUGAAAAAGAAAAAAGUGCUGGCGUACGGUACAUUGAAUAUAGGCUGCCUGGCCUUCCUGGGUGUGUUUGCAUUCAUGAAGCCAAUAGCAUUGUGCAA